UCUGUCAGAAACUGAAUACGUUCACACCAUAUUCCCACUUAUUUGUUUUGUUGAAAAUGGCUCAAAAGCAGAGCAAUGAGACAACCAACGGGACGACCACUGAAAUUAUUGACGAGGGUGAUACCUGUGGUCCAUCGGAGGCGGCUCGGACAACGCCCACACUGCAAUUGCGUCUAGAACAUCCGCGGGACGAACGCCGGGUUGUUUUUCACGCUGGAGUCAUUGACAACGAGCAUUUGAAUCGCAAAAAAUCCAAAUGCUGCUGCAUAUACAAAAAACCUCUGGCAUUCGACGAAAGCUCUUCGGAAGAUGACGAAGACUGCGAACACUGCUUUGGGCACCCCGAAAAGCGGAAGAAGAACGUUAAACACAGUCAUGAUCACGAUGAAAACUCGUGCCCGGAGGCCACUCAUGCGGAUGGACCGUCGACAUCCACUCGAGCUACGGACUCUACUCUCCCGCCAGCUGAGCCUGUUGAAUCGCCGGCCAAUCCGAAAACACCUACCCAUGGCGUUGACCUCGAGCAGGAAGGUAGUUCGUAGCGCUUACUGCAAUUUAAAUAUGUGUAAUUAUAAACGUUAACAACACGGAACCAACCAGCUCUUGGAUCUACAAGCAA